GAGCAGCCAUACCCUUGUUCAGAGUGCGGGAAAUGUUUUUCACCGAGAUCCAGUCUGCAUAUAUAUCUGAGAUCUAACACAGAUGAAAAGCCAUAUGUCUGUCCUGAGUGCGGGAAAUACUUUUCAGUGAAGCUUAAUCUUCACACACAUCAGAGAUCUUACAUGAGGGAGCAGCUAUACCCUUGUUCAGAGUGCGGGAAAUCUUUUUCACAGAAGUCCAGCCUGCAUGUAUAUCAGAGACCUCACAUGAGGAAGAUGCUAUAUCCCUGUUCUAAGUGCGGGAAAUUUUUUUCAGAUAAGUAUAGACUUUAUAUAUAUCAGAGAUCUUACACAGGUGAAAAGCCAUAUGUCUGUCCUGAGUGCGGGAAAUACUUUUCAGUGAAGCUUAGUCUUCACACACAUCAGAGAUCUUACAAGGAGGAGAAGUUGUAUACCUGUUCGGAGUGCGGGAAAUGUUUUUCAGAGAAGCCUUUUCUUCAUAUAUGA